AUGACUUCCGCUCUCCGCUCAUCCGCGCGUCACCUGCGCUCCGCCCUCACCACCACCGCCUCCGCAUUCGCCGCCGGCCCCGCACUCCCCCGCGCGCCGUGCAUCGCCGGCUCUCUCGAGUCUGCCGCGUCGCUGCCGCGCGUUCCCCAAAACCCCGCACGGUCCUUCUCCCUUGCGCCCCCUUCUCACGCGUCGCCGCCUCUGCCAGCAUCGCCAGCAGCAUCAGACCUCCCCGCUCGCUUUCAACUCGCGUCAUGCGCGCCGCGCUUGUCGAUAUCGGCGCAAGGCGCGCCGACCGUUGAUCGGAUCGCAGGCGCAGGCAGAUCAGCUCCGCAGGUCUCCCAGCCGUCGAUCUCCCGAUCAUCCCUGCCACGAAGCUUCGGCACGUUUUCGGCCCAGAGGCAGCGACUCAGCACCCUCGCCGCGUUCCCGCGUGCGCUUGCCGCCGGUCCCGUGCCCUCCCCCGCCUCCGCUGCGCCGUCGCUGCGCGCGCACGACGCAGUGGUUGCGGCGCGGGCGGCGGGCGCGGGGCAGGCGAGGGGCGUGUUCGUUGAGGUGAAGAAGGGCGACGUGGAUCGCGCAAUCAAGAAGUUCAAGAUAAAGUUACGAGCGGACAAUGCUAUUCGUGUGGCUCGCGCGCGAUCGCACCACUGGAAGGGCGCGGAGCUGAAGCGGCUGCGCGCCAAGGAGGCGGAGAUCAGGCGGCAGCAGCAAGACUUCCGCCAGAAGCUCGCCUGGAUCAUGGCCAAACGCGCCAG